AUGAAGCUUGAAAUAGCGCGUUCUCUGGGCCAGCCAGGAGUUGUGGACAUUAUCAAUUACCAAACCCACCCUCAACGGGAUUACCAAGCACUUCAUCUCACACAUGGACGAGGUGCCCAUGUUGUGGUUGAAAAUGUAGGCCCUACCACUAUAGCCCAGAGUCUCCGUUCCCUCGCCCGCAGAGGUACUGUUUCGCAGGUUGGCUUUCUGGGGGGGUUCAAUGUGGACCACUUCCUUGACACGAUUGGACCUUCGCUAGCGAAGAGUGCAGUAAUAAGAUGUGUUCUCGAAGCGCUAAAUAGUCUCCACGAGGGCGGCUAUGUACAUGCAGAUGUCAAGCCGGAUAACGUCUUUGUAAAUUACAUAGACCGAGGCGCCGAGAACGAUGUGCGAUUUUCAGAGGUCCAGCUUGGGGAUCUUGGUGGCACAUGCCAUGUUGACUCGAAGUGGGCAAAAUCAGGAACUCCACUGGGAGCGCCUAUGUGGCGCAGUCCAGAAAUGAUCAUGGAGACUCCUUGGGGCACUCCGACCGACAUUUGGUCAUUUGGGACCAUGCUAAUAAGUCUUAUCUACGGUGGCGACUUCAACUUGUUCGACCCUACUACCGUACCCUAUGGCCAUGAAGAGUAUAGCCUAGAGGUUUUGAAGCAACAAUUCCGAUACUUUGGUCCGUGGCCCGGCAAGUAUGAAGAAGUUGCAAGCCCUGAGACCGUGCACGCCAUUAUGUGGAUUAUGCAGGAGAUUCCCAAAUCAGAAACUACGCCGUUCUCCAUGAUAACGGAGAAGGAGGUCUGUAAGAAAGAUAGAGAGUUCAUUAUGGGGAUCAUGAAGAUGGACUGGAGGGACAGGCCGACACCGAAGGACUUGUUAGGCCACAAGUGGUUUAAUGAGGAUUGCGAGGAAUAG